CUGCUUUGGGGAGAGGCCAGGGAAGUUUGCUCUUUCUGCUUAUGCUAGUCUGCAACUGUAGGUUGUUUCCCAGCCUCGAUCCCAUGUACUGAAGGUUAGAGUGCUUGUCCAGUCUGUGAGUGCCCCGGUGCAGUUCUCUCAGGUGGACCGGAGUUGAGGCUGUUGUCUACUUCCUGAAUACCAGGGAAUGAAGGCUUUCUUGAAGUAUGGAAGGUUGAGAGCUCUUUCACUCGGUAUAAUGUAACUCACACACACGCAGGAACUAGAAAUGGAGUGCAGGUCAUGGUCUUCCAUAUGUAGGGCCUGGUGAAGGUAGUUGUGAUGAGGCAGUUCUCGAAAUGCCUUGUUUAUGCACCCUGUUGCUCUUCAGGUAUUUAGGAAUCUAUGUAGGCAUCCAGCAGCUCUAGACUAGAUGCCAACUCAAAACCACCAAGACAUAACGAAGUCUUUCUUAUCGAGCACAUAUUCACUUGUCAGGAGAACUCUGUUGCAAGAGACUGAGGUGUCAGGGAUAUAGGCAUUGCCAGGGCUGGGUGGAAGCAGGGCAGUGGUUUUGCAGACCCGUAUUUUGGACUGGGGCCCCAGGUUUCUUCUGUGAGUCCAGCCCUGAGCAGAACAAUGGCUGUUUGCUAUAGGGCCUAUUGAAGAUACCGCCCAACUUAAGGACUUCAGUGGAGAAGGCCAUGGAUGCAGUCUCCCCUUUCACUGUUGUACUGUCUGUUCCUCUUCAUUGAUUGGAAUUAUGGCCAAAGUUUCCACUUUGUGGCUAAAUUACAAACUGUGAGGUCUAUCCAAGAAUAAAUAAGCCUGCCUGUACGCAGAUGAAAACUUUGCUUAGUGAUGAAUCACUCUGUCACACUGUCUUUUAUUGAAUCUGCUUCAUUCUUCUGGGACCCAUUAGUGAUAAGAGUACAGUGUUAGCUUUGUUUCCAGCACGAGGCAAGCUCACAUCAGCUGCUGAGAUCACACUAUGGCAUGUGACUGCACUGGUUAGUGAAAUUUGAAAGAACAAAGUGUUUCAUCCCAGGGCGAUCACCUGGUGCGCUGACUUCAGUCCCCUGCUGCUGGGGGCAUUGACCAGGUUGUUUGGAUUUGAUUUUAAAGUUACAUUUUUAGGGCAAAUAGGAUAUAAAUCCAUGUUACAGUUUAACUGUUGUUCAUAAAAUUGGAAUGGGUCUUAAGUCAGUGCACGUGAUCUAUAAUGCAUAUAUUGUGAUUUGGCUAGUGGUCAAAACAGAGCUAGCUACAUAUGGAAGUCAGUAGGCCUGGUGCAGUAUAUUCUGGAAUAUAUAUUGCUGUUAUAAGCUCAUAUUUGUACAGGCACAGGAGCACAGGGCUCUGAACUGUCACCAUGAGAAAGGUGAAAGUAACGCUGGUGCCUCUGGGUUGGUGUUCUGCUGAAGCGAUUCCUGUGAUACAGCACAUCUUCAAGACUGGUAUGACGUGGAUGCUGUCACAAAACCAAACACCUACUGAAGAGAGCGCAUCACUACAAGGCAAAAAUGAAACAAGAAGUCCGAGACCAUGGCAGGGAAACCCAAGCUGCACUAUUCCAACGGAAGGGGGAGGAUGGAGUCAAUCCGAUGGCUGUUAGCAACAGCUGGGGUUGAGUUUGAGGAACAAUUCAUAGAAAAGAAGGAAGACCUAGAAAAAUUACGCAACGAUGGAUACCUGCUAUUUCAGCAAGUGCCCAUGGUGGAGAUCGAUGGGAUGAAGAUGGUGCAGACAAGAGCCAUUGGCAGCUACAUAGCAGCAAAGUACAACCUCUAUGGAAAAGACCUGAAGGAGAGAGCCUGGAUCGAUAUGUAUGUGGAGGGAACAACAGACCUGAUGGUAAUGAUUAUGUAUCACCCUUUUGAACCAGCUGACACAAAAGAAAAGAAUCUUGCCUUAAUCAUUGAACGAGCUACAACCAGGUACUUCCCUGUUUAUGAAAAGGCCUUAAAAGACCAUGGCCAGGAUUAUCUUGUUGGCAACAAAUUAAGCUGGGCAGACAUCCACCUGCUGGAAGCCAUUUUAAUGGUAGAAGAAUUUAAGCCUGAUAUACUGUCUGCAUUCCCUCUGCUGCAGGCUUUUAAAGGAAGAACAAGCAACAUUCCAACAAUCAAAAAAUUCUUGCAGCCUGGCAGCCAGAGGAAGCCACCAACAGAUGAGAAGGAAGUAGCCCUGGUGAAGAAAAUAUUUGAUAUGUAAUCACGUGGCCGCUGCAGAAGAUAAGGCAACCGUAGCAGAUUACCAGAGCCGUGCCUUGCCAAGUGUAAAUUGCAUAGAUGCAAUUCUGUGGUAGGGUAGAAUGUUUCAGCUCUAGCUUCCAGAGUACUGCAGAAAGACUCCCCUCCCCCUGCCCUUCAUAAACUGCAGGAGAGAAGAGCCCCUCCAUAAAAUGGGGAAAUCAUUUACAUUCAGACCUACGAUCUUUUGGGUUUGCUCCAUAGGUGGUCUCCUAGAUCAAAGUUCACUGUCCCCCUGCUGUGUUUCAUUUCUGUCCCUGUACUUUCAGAGUUGCAGUUUAAAAAAUAAAUAAAAAGAAAACAAAUAAAA